AUGGCCUUUCUCUCUUUCGAGACUCUCCAGUCCAUCGCAUUUCUUCAUCUUUUGGCUUGGUUGUCCCGAUCUCAUGCCCAGUCCAUUUCCACCAAUACACCUGUCCCACCCCUGCAGUGGCUCAAUAUCACUGGUUCGCUCCAGGGUUCCUCCCCUCCUCCUCUAAAAUACGCUUCAAUUGGUUACGACGACUCUUCACGCAAUCUCAUCAUUUUCGGUGGCGAAUCUUCCAGUGGAAUCCCAACCUCUCAGACCUUCCUGCAUGUCCCCCGUUUCGUUCCCUCUCACAUUGCUAACUUCCCGCUCAACAGUCUCAAUCUUGCCACAAAUCAGUGGUCCUCUCCAUCUGCUCAACCAGGCUUACCUCAAUCUUCUCCCCCUGCUCGGUAUAUGGCUCUCAGCGGUGAUGAUUUCUCAUCUAGCUAUCGAAAUGCUCACCUCGUAAUUGGUGGGAAAGGCGCCUCAGGACAAGCCUUAUCUGACGCAUGGGAAUUCGACUACAUCAAUAAUUUCUGGUCAGAGGUCAACAUGUCUCCGGGUAGUCCUCAAGCGCGGUGGAGUGCCUCUGGUGGUAGAGACUAUCGCGUUCAAGCAGACGCGGCCUCGUCCAAUACCACGUUCUACAUGGCGGGCGGCACAGAUGGUACAACCUUCUUCUCCCUCACCGAUGUUUGGGAGUUCACUGUCAACGGAACUCUUUCUUCGAAUCUUGUCAACAAUACUUUCGGCAGUUGGACAACGCAGAUCAUCGGAUCAACACCAGGGUACAGUGCCAAUCAAGCGUCUACUGUCCUUGGGUCUUCCAUCGUUUCCGUCAGUGGCUGUAAUACAACCACCGGUACGAACGACAACUGUGCCAACCGCAACGAAUAUGUUAUUUCCGCAAGUACUACACCUGGUGAGAUAGACUUGUCCGUUUGUCCUGCUCCCCGUUAUGGUGCAGCGAUGGCCUUCAAUCCCCUUUCCACAUCAUCCAAUUUCCAGACACAGGUGUUCCUUCUACUCGGUACAUUUAACUCAUCCGAAUGGGAUGACCAAGGAGGUCUCCAGAAGGGCGAGGUGGCGAUUCUGGAUAUUGGGACCGGCGGCUGGAGCAGAAUCCUUCCGGCGGGGGAUCCAGGAACCACUGGCGUCCCUACUUAUCCCUCACCUCGUGAAGGAGCAGUUGCACUAUCGUAUAGUCAAGCACUUGUCGGCAGUAAUCGUCAAGUUGGCGCGGACACUAUUGUCUUCGGAGGUGAGGACGAGAAUGGGAACUAUUUGAACGAGGUUUGGAUCUUGAGGGCUUACAACGGUACCAUCACUUCCUCAAAUGCUUCUUGGGGUGCUCCCUCUGGCACCCUCCAGACGGGUAUCAACGCUGACGGAUCCGGAGUAACUGUACAGUAUAUGACACAGUGCGCAUUCAACAUCACACCGACGAUGUCGCCCGCACCUUUGGAACCGACUAGCAGCUCUCCAAGCUCUCCAAGCUCUCCAGGCUCGCCGGUUUACGAUGUUUCUUUUGUCCACAAGCUUUUUGCGCCGCUUUCAGUCGCUCUCAUACUUCCUGCAGUUCUACUUACUCGUCUGGCGCUCCCAUCUAUGCGGUUGACUAAGCCCAAAUCACUCUUCAUUUACAUAUCCUCUUUCAUCACUGUGGUGGCGUAUGGACUUGGUGUUGUCGGGCUUGUUGUUUCUUUCACGUCCAUCAAGUCAACCAUGUCUGUUACAAAGCGUGCCACAUCAACCCCAACACUGCCCACAUCUCACAGCAUCGCUGGUCUUGCGCUAUUUGUCGGUCUUUAUGUUGUGGUACCUGUUCUAUGCCUUCUGGCGGCCUGUAUUCCGUGCAUUCUUCGCAAGAAAGGUGUCAAGGACACCUCUGUCGUUGCCCCAUCCCGUGCAAAUUCCAUGGACACCGCUGAAAAACUAGCUUCUGUACAGCAAACACAGCGCCCCUUUUCGUCCUCUACUUCCCACCGGGCAAGGCUGCAUUCGUGGGGAGGAUCCAGUUUUUGGCUAGGGAGUCGUAGCACGGAAGGUAGAACUUCCACUGACAGUGGAUCUAUGCAGUCCACUGGCCAUCAGCGUGGCUUCGAAGUUUUAAACCGGCCUGCGCGAACUCGUAGGGCUAGUAGCAACGGCGCCACUCAUCUGAACAUGGAGCCUUACCAGCGGGUGCCUGUUACACCUCGAAGCUUUGGCGACAUAGAUUGGUUCGCACAGCGGCGUAGUCUCAAUGCCACGAAUUCACCGGACGCUACCCCGCAGGGUGCAAGAGUACCUGCAGCUUCGAGUGGCUCGACGCCAAUUACCACAGAUGCACCAAGCGGUGGGAUGCUUUUGCCUUCAGUUUCUCGUCCUACUUGCGAAUUCCCGUCCUUUCCGGAGCUGUGCUUGCGGAUACUUUUCCACGUUCUUGUCCUCGCGCUUUGCAUUCUUUCAUUGGUGGCCUUGUGGUAUCGUGGCGCCAAGUCGUUUUUUGUCGUGUUCCUCAUAUGGACUCUUCUAUUCUAUAUCAUGCUCUUUGUUUUAGCCUGGCAUGGCCGUCCGGCCAGGUCGCUUCUUACGACAGUGGUUACUCGUCUUCGCGCCGAGCCAUCUCACGCAGCCAUUCCUCCAAGUACACCCGGAUCCCGACCCCUCUCGAUGGCAGGAACGGAGCAGUAUCUGUUCCCAACAGACGCUCGAGGUCCUUACCUCCAUCAUCCUCCAUAUCGUGCUGCGGCCCCUGACGACUUCUCCAUGACACUUAUGGGUCCCCGCUCGGUGGAAACUGAUGAUGAUGACGAGGACAUUGAUGAGGACACCCGGCAACGGCAGAUUGAAGAAGAGAUGGGACGGCGAGAAGUCUCCAUUGUCACUGUUCCAAAACGUAGACUUUGGGUCACCAACCCUUCGUGAACGCUAUGUUGCUCUUAGAUUGCCCCUCAUUGCACUUUUUCUGCUGUCCUGCCUUGUUUGCUUGCAACUGUCUUUCUUUCAUCGUAGUUAGUCGUUCAUCAUUUUUCCCACUUUUUCUACCUCUUUUUACUGAUCGUACAGUAAAGUUACCGCAAUUCUGCAUUACCAUAAUGAUACCACUCCCACAGAUCCGUCUUCCAACGUGUCACAGUAUAUAUCAAGUAGAUCUAUGGUGGACGUUUGUGUUUAGCGUGUAGGUACCAGUGUAUUUUCUGCUUGCAUUAAAAUGAGUGACUUAUUACUAACUAGUGUGGAUAGUCCA